CUCAACCAGUCCGUGGAGCCACGGUAUUAUACCCAAAAACAGACCGACUUUGAUGGUGCAUAUUCCCUGCAGACUUGGCAGGGAAUUCAGACGAACAGGAGCGAAAGCCUAGGCGUUAUAAUUCCGGAACGGGAGGUGUUACUGGUGGACUGCUCUAUUUGUGGAUGGCGAUGAGUCAAGCCUCACUUUUCCCAGCGAAAAAGGGUUGGAUAAAAGAGUGAGGCGGUUUCCCGAAAUCCGACAUCAGCAAGCACGAAGUGACCUCUCAGCCAUGUUUCCUUUCGUUCUCGAAAGCCCAUGAUGGUUUUCUUAGUUGCUAUACAAUCUCUCGGCGUUUCCGUGUUUUAAUCGACAUAUAUACAGUACAAAACGCUAGGCGUCUCAUACACUUUCUACUUAGUAUCCCUUGCAUGGUGGACAUGAUGUUGGAUGCUUAUAACCCUAAGUGCCUCGUAGAUAUUCGCAGUCAUCGUUAUCAACAUCGCAGACGACUCAACUCAAAACCCCCCAUCAACCCUACUCACACAUAUACCAACCUACCAAAGACAAGAAACAUAUCAAUGAGGAUGUCUCAAGUUCAGCAAUACUGGCUACCAGGAUACGGUCUAUCACGACAUAUUGUCCUCGGACAUAUUCAAUACUUCCUAGGACCAUCAGCAUCUGUCAGACCAUACACAUACCAGGGACGCGAAGGUUAUCUAAUAGUCGGUGUACCUCUAACGAGGGAACAAAUUGACGAUCUUGCGGCCAUGUCACGAGAAUAUGAACGGCAAGAGACCCUUCGGAUGGCGGGCGAUUCUACCAACGAAGUAUCUACCAGACAUGCUGAGCCCUAUAUAAAUGAGAUCGUCCCCGUUCGAGCUUUGGCUCCGCGCAGACGUCCGUUCGAAUAUGAAACUCGACGUGGUCGGUAGUCACCUAAAGAACAAGAAAAAAAAAAAAAAAA